GGCUGUUGCGGGGAAGUUCAGACCGACUCCAAGUUCUAACCGUACAGAGGAGUGACACGCGCCACGAGCACGGGGACAGAGAAGUGACGAGCCCCACAAGCACGGGGACAUCAUCACGCACCAGGAUGAAGUUCGGGAAGACAGUGUGCGUCCUGAACGUCGGCGGCGCGCGGUACGUCUUCUCCGGGGACGUGAUCCGGGACUUCCCGCUGAGCCGCGUGAGCCGCCUGCACAGGUGCGCGUCGGAGCGCGAGGUGCUCGAGGUGUGCGACGACUACGACCGCGAGACUAACGAGUUCUUCUUCGACCGGCACGCGGAGGCAUUCGGCUUCAUCCUGCUGUACGUGCGCCGCGGCGCUCUGCGUUUCGCGCCGCAGAUGUGCGAGCUGUCCUUCUACCACGAGAUGCGCUACUGGGGGCUCGAGACCCCCGACCUGGAGCCCUGCUGCCAGCGGCGGCUGGACGACCGCCUGACGGACACCUUCACCGCCCUCCCGGAGGAGGGGGACCUCCGGGGGCCACAGGGGCUCCCAGGAGGGCCCUCGUGCUCUCCAGCCACCGAGCCCGCCUCCCGACUCGCUCGGUGGCUGGAGAGCACGCGGAGGACCUUCGAGGAGCCUACCUCGUCUCUCGCGGCCCAGGUCCUCGCCUCGGUUUCCAUGCUGUUCGUCUUGGUCUCCAUGGUGAUGCUCUGCGCGAGCACGCUCCCGGACUGGCGCACAGAGGAGGGCAAGGUGGUGGGGGAGAACAGGGUGAUGGAGGCGGUGUGCAUCGGUUGGUUCACCGCCGAGGUCAUCAUCCGCUUCGCCGUCUCCCAGGACAAGUGUGAGUUUGCCCGGCGGCCACUGAACCUGAUUGACCUGCUGUCCGUCACGCCCUACUACGUGUCGGUCGCCGUGACGUCGCUGACGGGGGCGGACUCCCAGCUGCAGCGGGCCGGCGUGACGUUGCGAGUGCUGCGCAUCAUGAGGGUGUUCUGGCUCAUCAAGCUGGCCCGCCACUUCCUGGGGCUGCAGACGCUGGGGCUCACGCUGCGGCGAUGCUACCGCGAGAUGGUGAUGCUGCUGAUCUUCGUCUGCGUCGCCAUGGCGAUCUUCAGCGCCCUGGCCCAGCUCCUGGAGCACGGGCUGGACCGGGGAAACCCGGCCUUCGCCAGCAUCCCCGCCGCCUCCUGGUGGGUGAUCAUCUCCAUGACGACGGUGGGCUAUGGCGACAUGUACCCGGUCUCGGUGGCGGGCCGUGUGCUUGGGGGCUUGUGUGUGGUGAGCGGCAUCGUGCUGCUGGCCCUGCCCAUCACCUUCAUCUACCACAGCUUCGUCCAGUGCUACCAGGAGCUCAAGGUCCGCCACGCCCGCUGUGGGCGGAGCCUGGCCCAUGAGGGCGGAGCCUGA